AAAAACCUCGCGCCGGUUUACAACAGCGCCCUCAAGCGUACGCAAGACGCCUCGCUUCUCGCUCUCCACAGUCGGGUCCCAAGCACGACUCCCAUCAGAGCGUGAACAUGGCGGAGGGCGAAUUGAACGUGGACAGCCUCAUCUCUCGCCUUCUGGAAGUGAGGGGAUGUCGCCCGGGCAAGAUCGUGCAGAUGACCGAGGCAGAGGUGCGGGGGCUGUGCAUCAAAUCCCGGGAGAUCUUCCUCAGCCAGCCCAUCCUGCUGGAGCUCGAGGCGCCACUCAAGAUCUGCGGUGACAUCCACGGGCAGUACACGGACCUGCUGCGUCUUUUCGAGUACGGCGGCUUCCCCCCUGAGGCCAACUACUUGUUCCUCGGCGACUACGUGGACCGAGGCAAGCAGUCGCUGGAGACCAUCUGCCUGCUGCUGGCCUACAAGAUCAAGUACCCGGAGAACUUCUUCCUGCUCAGGGGCAACCACGAGUGCGCCUCCAUCAACCGCAUCUACGGCUUCUACGACGAGUGUAAGCGCAGGUUCAACAUCAAGCUGUGGAAGACGUUCACGGACUGCUUCAACUGCCUGCCCAUUGCCGCCAUCAUCGACGAGAAGAUCUUCUGCUGCCAUGGAGGACUUUCACCAGACCUGCAGUCAAUGGAGCAGAUCCGUAGGAUUAUGAGGCCAACGGAUGUGCCUGAUACAGGCCUGCUGUGCGACCUCCUUUGGUCCGACCCAGACAAGGACGUGCAGGGCUGGGGGGAGAACGACCGCGGGGUGUCGUUCACUUUCGGCGCCGACGUGGUCAGCAAGUUCCUCAACCGCCACGACCUGGACCUCAUCUGCCGAGCCCACCAGGUCGUGGAGGACGGGUACGAGUUCUUCGCCAAACGCCAGCUGGUUACGCUCUUUUCGGCGCCCAACUACUGCGGCGAGUUCGACAACGCCGGCGGCAUGAUGAGCGUGGACGAAUCGCUCAUGUGCUCCUUCCAGAUCUUAAAGCCGUCGGAGAAGAAGGCAAAAUAUCAAUACGGGGGGAUCAAUUCCGGUCGGCCCGUCACUCCUUCCCGCACCACUCAGGCGCCGAAGAAGAGGUGAACGUUGAGCCUUGUGACCCCCCCCCCCUACCCACCCCCAACCACCCCACCCCCCCAGAUGCAUACACACAGCCUCUCACCAAGCACCCCCCCCCACCCCCACCCCCCCUUUCUGCUUGUAUAGCACAAGUCACAGUGGAACCUCCAAAGUUGACGUUUCAGUUUCCUAACGGUUGUUUCCACAGGAAGUGAUGUCAAGUGAAUUAAUUAAUAGAACUCUCAAGAUGAGCGGUACCGAUUCUGUUAGGGAAGUGUUGUGAAAGUGUAUUUACGUUGCCCCGGUAACCUCGAGCAUUGUUGCGUAUUUGGUAUUUGAUUAUUUGUUGCUCAUUUUUCUACCGAGCAGGCGGGCGGUUAACUCUGUGUCUCAACGGGAUUUCAUUUCUCGUUCGCCGGUGUCGUCACAAAAGUUCUAAUCAAAAGACGCUCACUGGGCUAACCCGAACCCGAAUGUUCCCCUUUAGGAGGUUCCACUGUACUAUUCUCUCCAUUGACGGCUCUUUUCUUUGUGUAGGCGUACAUAAAAUUGCUCUGACCAAUCUGUUUAUUUACACUUUUGUUGUUUGCCUGUUUGUUGAUAUUUUGACAAUAUUAAUGCACAUCUUUGUGGGGGGUGUGGAGGAAGAAAUGUAUUUAAUCGGUGUCAAUUUUUUGCCGAGCGAGUCUCCCGUUUAGCCGCUGUUCCAGCUGAACCGCAUAAACUGCAUACGUACACGCGUUAUUACUGGACAUGUGUAAAUGACGUCUCGCUCACGAGUCGGAUCGAAAAUGAAGGGACCGGUGUUUAUGAAAGGUUGAACUUUCCGCCCUCCAGACACGGAUUCCGCUGUGCCUCCACUUAAAAAAAGAUUCCACAGAUGCAGUGGAACCGACGACGUUAAAGGGGAAAUCCGGCGCUUUGCGUGAACAGUGUAUCCAAUAGGUCAUGUAAUAUGGAGUCUUAUUUUGACAAUGUGAGGUUAAAUCAUCUCUCAUUUAUUGGUGUUUUGAGAAGAUUUUUAUCGACAAUUACGAAUUUUCAGGGGCGCUGCCAUUUUUGCGAGUCACAUGACUUGUGUGCGCGGAUGUGAUGUGUAAAGUGCUGCACCAAAGGCUUGAUUACAUUCUGAUUUCUCUGAUUUAUCCUCCUAUGAUGAAAAAAUAGCAGUAUCGGUUGAUCGGGAAGACUGAGGAAUACUUCCAUACAGAUUUGAACCUGUGGCUAUAAAUAAUGUUGAAUAUUCGGGGGGGGGGGGGGGGGGGGUGAUGCGGAGUCUGACUAGUCGGAGGCCCAUGCGCGGUACAUAAAUGCCGAAACAAAGGCCCCCGGAGGUCCGGGCCGGCAGCCGCGGAUGGUUUUUCGAACGGGAAAGACGUGGAGUCCAACGAGCGAGCUCUGGCGCCGGAGGCCGUUAGCCCCGAACGCUGAAGCUAGGCUAAAGGCCGCCGCCGAAAGGGUGGCCGGGAGCUUCGACGUCCCGGGAGGCUGUUAGCCAAGCUUCUGCGGGGGCGGAGGCCUUUGGCUGAGCCCUUGUUUCGGCAUUUAGUCAGACUCGGCGUCAUUCCCCCCGAAGAACCAUCCGAAUAUUCAACGUUUACAGUCAGAGGUUCAAAUCUGUAUGCAAGUAUUCCUCCGUCUUCCCGAUCAACCGCUACUGCUAUUUCUUCAUCAGAUGAGGAUAAAUCCCAGAAAUCAGCAUGGGCGCAAAUGGUGUCCCAUCUAAUCGAGCCUUUGGUGCGGCGCGGUACACGUCACAUCCGCGCACGUAGGUCAUGUGACUCACAAAAAAUGGCAGCGCCACUGAAAAUUUGAAAUAGUCGAUAAAAAAUCUUCUCACAACACAAGAGAGGAUUUAACAUCACAUUGUCAGAAUAGAGUACAUAUUUUGUGACCUAUUGGAUACAUUGCUCAUGCAAAGUACUGGAUUUCCCCUUUAAAUUAAUAAACCUUUGAAGCUCACACGCGGAGCUAACUCUCCCCGUGAACAGUCCGUAGUCGGUGGCUACGUAGCGAGAAGCUAGCCUGGUCGCGAUCAGAAAAGAUCCAAAUUCUUAGCUCACACGAGAGUCCAAUCCUUGUCUCUAACUCACUCAGUACUUCUUUUUUGCCAAACCGAUUUCAAAUGUGCGACCUCCUUCGCGGAAGAUCCCAAAAGGAAAUUAUUAUUUUUUUUAUUCUGAAAAAGUUGGUCGGUGAUACCGGAUGCUGCCUAGAAUCUGAUCUUGCCAGUUCGCUCGCAAGUCACUCAAUAAGCCUUUUUUCUCAAAACGACACAAACUGAAACCAGUCACAGAAGAUCCAAAUGAAAAGAACUAAGAGUGUUAGCGCCACUGUAAAGCUAGCGCUAGCGUUAGUGCUAAUGCUAACAGGGCCGUGAGCUCGUUCAUGUUGGUUCAAGUUGUUGUUCGACUUCGGAGGUUCUACCGUAUUAAUUGUUUGUCAUAUCACGAUCGUUCCUUUUUUUUUUUUUUUUUUUUUUAAUCAUGAAAUGUGACAAAUUCAUACUUCCUUUUUUUUUCACUGAUGGUCAGUAUCUUUACUUAUUUUGAAUAGAGAUGUGCGGCGUUUUGGGCAUGUACAUGUAUUUUUUUUUUUUUUCUAUGAUAAGUGCUUGAACCAGCUUGUGGAUUCCCGUCAGUGUUUAAAAAGAAUAUUAAAUGGUAAAAGAAAUCAUGCGUGAUGACACAAAAUGGCGUCUUUUAGGAGCUUUGAAGCCAACCGUCGUCCAUCCAUCAUCCCCUUUCCUCCCUUCCUCCUCGUUGUCCUCCCAUCUUUUUGGGGGCAUGAUGACUGGCAGGGCAGGUGGGAGUAGGCGUUGGCUGGGCAACCGGCAACCUGGCAUUGCUAUUGUGAUUGUGGCGCCACCUGGCGUUUAGAUGCCGUGUACUACAGUAUAUAUCUGCUCUGUUGGGCGUUCUUUUGUGCUUGUUUUGGGGUUUUUUCCCUCCAUUCACACACUUUUUCUUUUUAAUUUAUUUCCUCAUAAUAAUGACGCGAUAUGAAAUGAGUGAGGUGUUAACCCAGUUUUGCAAUUUGUACGAGUUUGAAAGUCAAUAAAAGGAUGGAAACUCAA